ACCGGCAGUCAUCUGGGUUUGUUGCUGUUGCCUGUUAACCCCGCUUGAAUGUCGUUACUUUACUGUAGUGUGCAGUAUAAUGGUGAAACAAUCAGUCUUUCUAUGGGACAAGAGAUAUUUGUGAGUGAUUGAGAAGCUUCCCUUGCUUCCAGCAAUGUCGAGCCCCUCUACUACCCAUUUAGCUUUACCGCAUUGGGACGGGGGCUCUCGAAAAAUUCGCUUUAUUCAGCUGGUGAAUCUGACAUCGUUCAGACUGACAGACUGCUCCAACAAGAGUCCAGUGGUUCCUCUCUUUUUAGGCGCUGAUCUGUUUUCCAACACAGACAUUCGCACAGAGAACCAUCCCAGAUACCAUGCCAAGUUUGCCAAGAAAGGCUUUGCAACGAAAAUACAUUUUUCCUCAGCGUUCAGGUUCCAUGGGCUGAAGGUAUCUACUGCAAACAACAGCCUCUGGUUCUACAGCGUUCAGGGACUUUUUCGAGUAGCGUUCGAGAUGUACAGUAAGCAGGAGCAGCUUGAUGUGCUUGAGAACUUCCAGGAUGUUUGGAAAUCCCAGAUAAAUGACAGCCCUCUGAAAACGAGUUACAGCCUCAGUGUGCAGCUGGACAACACUCCGUCCAGCAGCCUGCAGGAUACAGAAUCCAGGAGGGAAAUGUCACAACCUCAGCAUCGCCAGGUUGGUAGGGAAUCGAUGGAUGUAUAUAGCAGUGAAACAGUCGAUGCAUCAGCAGAUCACGACUACUGUUCUUUUCCUAAACAGACAUUGAAAACAGAGCACAGCCAACUUGUUGUUUCAACAGUGAGAGAGAAAUUACAGAGCUUGGAUGACAAACUCUCCUCUGAGACUCACAGCUACACAGAGCAGCUGGAGACUAUCUUGCUGCUUUUGGAGAACAUUGAGCGGUACAUGAAUGGGAAUCUAGAAGAAAAGGAUGUAACAGACACGGUCAUAGCCCUACUACAGGCCAAAGACUGGGGCAGUGUGUAUUCAAGUUCCCUUUUCUGUGGUGUAGGACGGUGGCUAGGCCAGCAGUUUCACGCAGCCAACGGCAGCAUCAGCCAGAGAGUGGAGGACUUUAAAGUUCAGCACAUUGAGCGGAUUAGUGACUUGCCACCUGCUGAGGAACUAGUGACAGAGCUUUUCCCAGAAGCCAUGCAGACUCUGCUGCUACAUUGGAUGGGUUUAAGUGAGGAGUCCACUGUGGAGAAGAGACACAGCGAGUUCCCCAUCCUGCUCCUCAUCCUCGAGUUCGCCAACCACAACCUCAUCACCGGUGUUGCUCAUGUGCUGUACUCCAGUCUUAUAUGUAAAUAGGAGAUUUUUCAUUUUGGCGUAAACACCAAGAAUUUAACUGAACCUUUUUUUUAAACCAGUAUUCUAAUACAUAUCUAUUUUUGUAUAUGAAACUGUCCUUUAUUUGCUUUGUACAGUCUAGUUUUCUAUCAGGUUUCGUAACAACUAGGGCUGCAUGACAACUCGAUAUUGUGUCGACCUUCAGGGGAGUCCUUUUGCUAUGGUCUAAUAAUUUGUUUAUUUUAAUUAUGAUUGCACACAAAUUGUGUUUUACAAAUCAUGUAACAUUUUGUGAAGAUAAUCCAUGGUUCUAACAUAAUUCACAGAACAUAUAGCUUUUCUCCAUAUGAUUUUGCCUGUUUCAUUGUUUACAAAUUGAUUUGGAAAAACAUUUGUUCAUUUAAACCAAAAAUAUUAUCGGUGUUGAAAUGAAUAAAAAUAACCACAGUCAACACAAAACUAAUUUAUUAGGAGCAUAUGAAAUAUGUGAUUUCUGCUGUCAAGCCCAUCUUUAUCCAUGGCAAUACUGAGUACAAUAUGUAAUAAAAUCCAAUGCUGUGUUUUUCCCAAUCAGGAAAAUUAAAUGAGAGAUUUUGAUAAUGCUACUCUGUCUUCAAACACCUUUUUGCUAACUGUGUUAACUUGAGCCAUAUCAUAUUCUGUUUAUGUUCAAACAACCACAUAUGAGUUAAAAAAAACUACCACAUUUUCAAACAAAUAACAUAUCUAAUCUUAACCAGUAUCAACCAGUCAAGCUGAUGCAUCCUUUUGCAAAGGU